UAAAGUCGGCAAUCGGUGAAACGGCGAAUCUACUGACAGUAGACAUAACCCCAUUUUUAACCAAUACCUCAGUCCCUUAAUAAUCCAUUAUGUUGAAUUCACUCAAGUGUUUAUGAGGAUUGUUUUGUUCAUGGAUGCAAGAGGGCUAACCAGCUCCUCAACGAACAUAGUUCGGUGAUUGUUGCCGACACACAACGAGAAUGUCAGCUAUUAUCGACGAUAAGAUCGUCGCUGGGGCGAAGAGUCCCAGCGACGUCAAGGAAGAUCCCAUUGUUGCUCUCACUGAGAGAGUGGAGUUAUUGUACCGUUUUCGUAAUCACUAUUUCGAAAAUCACUCGAUUGAAAACGCUAUAAACAAAAAGAAUGACAUUGAACGAGAGAUGAAAGAGACAUUGGGGAAGUUCGACGAGUUCAAGGGCUAUGAAAUCGAUGGCUGCAGGGCGAAAUACUAUUAUCUGAAGGGAAAGGCCUUCAAUGUACUGGAUAGAUUUGUUCCCCAGGCUGAAGAGCUACUUAGUAAAGCUGUGAAAUUGGAACCCAAGUUGAUUGAUGCCUGGAACGAGCUUGGAGAGUGCUACUGGAAAAAUAACGACAUUAAACAGGCUAAGAAUUGCUUCGUGGGAGCAUUGCCUCAUGGAAGAAACAAAACAUCCUUGAGGAAUUUAUCAAUGGUGUUGAGACAAGAACCUGCUGAUAAUCAGAAACAGAGGAUUGAGAAUAUCAAACUGGGGGUGGAGUAUGCAAAAGAAGCUGUGGGGAUGGACACGAGCGAUGGUGCCUCUUGGACAAUCCUAGGGAAUGCGUAUUUGUCUUCUUUUUUCACUAUUGCACAAAAUCCUGCCACUCUGAGGCUCUGUAUGUCGGCCUAUGCCCAAGCAGAGAAAGAUGUCGUAGCCAAGAGUAAACCCUAUCUAUUUUUCAAUAAAGCUACGGCAUUGAAGUAUCAAGAAGAAUAUGAAUUAGCAUUGGAGGCAUUCAAACGUGCAAUGUUGCUCGAUCCUAUCUGGGAAGUGCCACGGACAAAAUUCGAUGAAUUACUCAAGUACCUUAAAGACGUACAAAAUUCAAUCAAUACCAAAGGAAGAUUGAAGCCUAAAAGACUCCAUCAAAUGAUUCAGGCCCUAGAUAAGAAACACUUGGGUCCAUAUAAAGAAGGUUCAUACACCUCUGGAAACAAAUCGAUAAAACUGGAAUUGAUCCCUUCGAAAGACUUGAACCCUGGUAUUAAUAUUGAAAGAGUUGUUUUUGGGAAAGUUGUCUGCUGGAUACAAGAUUCAGAUGCUGUUCCAUUUUCUUUUUGUAUGGUCGAUGAAGAUAAAACUUGUGUAGCAGUAACUGUUUAUAAUUUUGCUGAGGGUCGUGGUGUGACUGUCGGGGACUCCGUUGCAAUCCCAGAGCCAUUCCUGACUCAUCAACAAUUCUCCUUCUCUGGAAAUGAAUUUGAUUUCAAGUCCAUACGCGUUGAAACACCCAUCCUACUGGUCGUAAAUGGUAGAAAGUUAGGUAGAGAUCAGCAAGCAGGCGCUAAACUUUCGAGCUACAAGAGACCCGACUGAACUCGUAAGUCAAAUGUGUAUCAACAAUUUUAACCUACUCCAUUUGCAUCGGGGAGAAUUGCAUAAGCUCGAUAAUUCGUCUGUUGAAACUUCGAAAAGUGAAGAAGCGAAGGAGGAUUACUCUAACGACAGACAUUGGUUGGUUAAUUAUUUAGGCUCUGUGGUUAAUUGUAGGGUAGACACGUACGAAAAAAUCUCAUAGAAAAACAUAACACAUUGACAAAGGAAUUCUACUGAAUUUUUAUUGUUCAAUAGAAAAUAUUUUUUGGAAAAGUCAAUAGAAUUUGUUCCUUCCAUACAUCUUAUUCAAUUGUUAUAUUCCUUCGCCUAAAUUUCUUCAUUUAAUUGUUUUGGUGAAAGGAUAAGAAUAAUGAAGGGAGAAAAAACGAGAAAAAUUAUAUCGAUCAUUUUCAAUAGAAAAUAUAUAAAUAGAAUACAGAAUGACCAAUUUCCAUUCAUUCUUUCUAUAAAUUAGUUUCAAUUGAAGAUUUUUUUCAAUUGGCAGAAUAACCACGUAGGAAAAAAUCGUAUAGAAUCUUUCUAUACGGACUGUGUAUAGCAUUUCUAUAGGUUUUUCGUAUAUGAU